UUUUAUGCGACGACGACGCCGACAUCUUUACCUUCGAUUAUGGCCACAAAUGAAACCACGUCUGACUGGUUAAGAAAUGACACUUCCAGAUAUGCCAAAAGGAACUUCAAGUCUAAAGUCAAUGCCGACGAUUCGAUAUUUUUACGUUUCGCCAAACGUUUUACCCACGACAAUAAUCUGGUGUCCGGAAUCAUUCAAGAGUGCUAUCAACGGCCAACGUUUGCCUGUUUCCAAAAGAAUGUCUACGUUUAUCUUAACGAGGUAUUGGAUGCGCAAGAUGUGAACGUGACACAACGUUUAAAGUUCUAUCGCAACGAUAAUGUCUACGAGGAGCAGGCGGAAUUGGCGGAUGAGGAUAUAGCUGAACCACCAACCCCACACACCACACAAGCAUCGGCGGCCAAGGAUUCCAUGGAGGACGAGGAUAAUGAAAUACCACGUGAAGGUCGUUCCUUUGAUGACGCUUCGACAAUGCCGGAAACCCCAAUUGAGGAAGUCACAAAUGCUUUGUACGGUAAAAGCAUUAAAUUUGCCAUGACACACAAUAUCGAACUGAAGCUGCCGGAGAUGAUGUUCGAUGGUGCCACAUUUCGUAUAUCGCCCAGGUCAAUAGAGGGUAAUGGUGUUAUUGCCAAGUUGGAGUUAAUACCCAAGCAAAAAAGUGAAGCUCGUUUGGCUGGCAAAAUCCUGAUGAAGAAAUUACAGAAACUUAUGAAAAGUAAACUGUUACUAUCGUUCCUGGCCUUGGUCUUGAUUAUAAAAAUUAUCAAAAUCAAACUCUUCUGGCUGCUGCCAUUGGUCAUUGGUGUGGGUGCGGCCAAGAAAUUGCUACUGAAAUUCCUACUCUUCCUAUUUCCAGCCUUGUCGCAUCUCUUCAAAUUGUGUUCGUAUUAUCAGCAGACUUAUCAUUCGACAAAAUAUCAUCAUCACCAUCAUCACAUUAAUCAUCAUCAUACGAUUGUCCCUCCAUGGCAUAGUGGUGAAAGUGCACCAUGGCAUAGUGCAGAAACGGCUCACAUUCCGGAAAUCAUUUAUUCACAUCCGCCGAAAGGACACGUAUCGACAUAUUUACAUGGAGCACCCAUACAUGAACACUAUGGACCGCCAGGACAUUCCCAUGAACAUUACGAUGGUUGGGAAAAUUCCGGGCCUGGGCUAGGUUCAGAAUAUAUAAGUGAUAUAAAUCGUGUUGCACAAAUCGAUGAAAAGACAAAUUAUUUUAAACCGCACCCCAAUAAUGAUGCCAAUGAAUUACACGCCUGGGGUCUGGGCACUACGCCUCUCACCACAUUACGAAAUAAACAGCGUCCACAUACGGGACCAUCACAACUACUGCAACAACAACAACAAAAUCAACUGCAAUAUAAACGAGUUUCGACUCCAUUACAGAAACCCAGUAUUCUCAAUCAGACACCACAAAAUUAUCAAAAACCUCAAGCCACUAGUCAGACAUUUAAUCCAUUCAAGCAACAGGGUGAUAAACAAAGCAUUUUCAAUCACAAAUAUCGAAACAAUCCUGCCGCCGCCCAAUCAGCUCCAAGCCCUGUCUACACACCCUUACGGCAACCGGGAUUGCCACAGUUGCAGAAACCGAUAAAACCACAAAUUCAAGAUACAAUAUCAGCGGCAGCUCAAAUUGCUGCACAAUAUGAUCCGAGUCGAAAACAAGCACAGCAACAACAGCCAUUAGCAAACGCACAGCAGGAUCCACAAUUAACGCCGGAACUUUCUGCACAAAUAAAGGAAGCCUUAAGGAUACAAGCCGAACAAAGAUUGGUGCAACAACAGCAGCAAAUAUUGGAAAAACAACCUUUUGUCCAAGAUGGUCAGCCAUUGAUGCCAUUAAACUAUGACCCCUUCUAUAGUCCGAUACUAUUGAAAAUUGAUAAAAUAAUUGAACAACUUGGUAUCAAGGAGGAGGGUUGCAAAGAACGUGUCGUUUGUAGUAUGUACAAAGAUCCGGAACGUUAUAGUCCGCAUAGUAAUUUCGUGUCGGCAGAAUUGAGUAGAGAUACAAAUGAAUUGCAACCCAUUACUAGCACAAAUGGAGCGGUCAUAAGAUUCUUCCGUUUAAUACAAGCCGCACGUGAUGGCCAAGAUCAUAAGAAUUGUUUAAUUCUCUAUCCAGAUUGUAAUAUUAAUACGGAGUGA